UCUGCACAGUUAGAUGUACAAGCACACAUGUUUUCUCUCUCUCUACUAGUGAAACUGAGGCAGUGAGGAGCGUGGCAAGUGCUUGACUGCUUGUACAUCUGUGUUUGCGUUGUGUGCAUUUGCCUUUAAGUUUGAUUUAGCUAAUUUUGGGUUUUUGUUGGGGGUUUUUUGUUUGUUUUUUAAGAAUUUCAACAGAUAAUUAGUUCUCUCACUUUACCCUCCUGGACCACUACCAGCGUCUUUGAUCUUUCUCCCUGCUGCAGGACAUAGCCGAACUAACCUUUAAAGCAGGAAACCCUUUUCCAGGAUGGUUUAAGCAGACCCCAUAUGCGGACUGCAGCACGGACUGUGUUCAGCCAAGGAGACACAACUCUUCCCCCUCCGGAACGUUAUCUUCACUCUCUUCCCAUAUGAUUUCAGCGACGGGCGCCCUCACGGGUUUGCUGCCUGCAUUCUGAGAAGCGCACACCAGGUCCGUGGCUUACAGCAUGGAGAGGCGCCGGGGGCUAGUGGUGGCUUGCUGGCUGCUUGGCUUUGUGUGCUUGCCGGUGGCGAACGGGAGUACAGACUUCCCUCCCGAGAAAGGAACUGCGGCUCACUCCUGCUAUGGCGGGUUUGACCUCUACUUCGUACUGGACAAGUCUGGAAGUGUACAGCACCACUGGAAUGAGAUCUAUAACUUUGUGGAACAUCUGGCUCAUAAGUUUAUAAGUCCACAGCUAAGAAUGUCCUUCAUUGUGUUUUCCACCGAGGGCAAGAUUCUCAUGCGCCUGACGGAAGACAGAGACAAAAUUCGCAAAGGUCUGGAGGAGCUCCAAAGGGUUCAGCCAGGAGGAGACACAUUCAUGCACGAGGGCAUUCAAAGGGCAAGUGAACAGAUUUACUAUGGGAAUUCUGAGGGCUACCGUACAGCUAGUGUCAUCAUCGCACUCACUGAUGGAGAACUACAUGAAGAUCUCUUCUACUACGCGGAGAGAGAGGCCAAUCGCUCCCGUAGCUUGGGUGCUUCUGUCUUCUGUGUAGGUGUGAAGGACUUCAAUGAAACACAGCUGGCCAAGAUAGCAGACAGCAAAGACCAUGUCUUCCCAGUCAAUGAUGGGUUUGAAGCUCUGCAGAGUGUCAUUGAUUCGAUCCUGAGGAGAUCUUGCAUCGAGAUCCUUGCAGCAGAACCUUCCAGUAUCUGUGCAGGAGAGUCAUUCCAGGUUGUUGUAAGAGGUAACGGGUUCCUCCAUGCCAGAAAUGUGGAUAAGGUCCUGUGCAGCUUCAGACUCAAUGACACCCUCACCAGGAUGGUGAAACCACUAGUAGUGGAGGACACAUACCUGCUAUGUCCUGCACCAGUUCUUCGAGAAGAGGGAACGGCAGCUUCCCUUUACGUGAGCAUGAAUGAAGGCCUUAGUUUUAUCUCCAGUUCUGUGACCAUCACCACUGUGGGCUGCUCAGAUGGCACAAUCUUGGCCAUAGCACUUCUGAUUCUGAUACUCCUACUGCUGCUGGCCCUGCUGUGGUGGUUCUGGCCCUUGUGCUGCACCGUGAUCAUCCAUGAGCCCCCGCCACCCCCAAAAGAAGAGAGUUCGGAUGAAGAGGAGGAUGGGGCUCCAAAGAAGAAAUGGCCUACCGUAGACGCUUCCUACUAUGGAGGAAGAGGAGUUGGAGGGAUUAAAAGGAUGGAGGUGCGCUGGGGUGAGAAGGGGUCGACCGAAGAGGGCGCCAAACUGGAGAAGGCGAAGAACGCCAGGGUAAAGAUGCCGGAACAAGAGUUUGAAGAUCUGCCCACCCGGAUCCUCAACAACGGCAUGCGCAAACCGCCUGCCGCUCAGAAGUGGUACUCACCUAUCAAGGGUAAACUCGAUGCCCUGUGGGUGCUGCUGAAGAAGGGAUAUGACAGAGUGUCCAUCAUGCGACCUCAACCGGGGGAGAAGGGUCGCUGUAUAAACUUCACCCGGGGCCAGUCUAACCGUGCCAACCGUUACCCUGCCUACAACCACCCGGCUCCAGCCUACACCCCCCAACAAUGCUGUAGCACGCCCCCUGCGCCCAAGACCCAGCUCCCCCCCCCUCCUCCUCCUCACAGCGCUCCGUCCUCUCCGCCCUCUGGCGUCCCCCCUCUGCCCUCCACGCCUCCACCCUCCACCAAGCAGUCCCCACCCACUACACCUCCUCCUGCGUAUUCCCCUUCCCCAGCCUGGUCUCCACCGUCCCCAGCUCUCUUCUCGGCUCCACCCCCAUCCCAGCCUUCGCCUCCGGCCUCACCUGCAGGGUCUCUGCCUCCACCCCCUCAAGCCCCGCCUCCAGGGAGAGCCCCUCCCCCUGAGCGUCCACCACCACGCCCCUUUCUCUAGGACUGUAUGUUUGACUUGGGAGGUGGAGGAGCCAGGUGGAGGAGCCACAGCAAAACCUGCAAGCAGGAAGUCAACAGGAGACUCAACUUCCCAUAUCGUUCCUCCUUUAAUAGCAAAACCACAAUAAGGUCUUAACUGUGCGGCCUUGGACGAUAAAACCUUUAAAACAUGGACCCACCAUGGGGAGCAGAGCAGCCUCGUGACUAAUGCAAGGAAGCAGAACAUGGCCGCUCUGCUCAGCUAGUAAAACUACACGGACUACGCCACAGGCCCGAAUUACAGAGCUGACGGAACACCACUCAACACUCCAAAACAACUGCUUACCCUUAACCAAACAGGACAACAUGAUCAAAUGGACUUCGAUUUUGAAGCCAUUUGGUUGUUAAUGGACUUUGAUGAAUGCUGAUGUGGUGGUCAAAGUGAUGUGUCUCGAUCUGUGUUGAUGUUCAUAGGCAUGCAAGUGGCGAUUUCCAGCCCAGAGACAGAUUCCAUUGAGCUACAGAAUCGUAUGAACCGAGGCCAUGAUGGUACAGCAGUAUGAAUUCAGAUGGAAGAGCUGAAUUGUGUGCACAUUUGAAUACAGAUUUAGCCAGACAGUCACCAAACUGGCCAUAGGAGGAUGUGUGUAGAUAUAAUAUGACAUUCCAGAGAUAACAGUAGUUGAUUGUUUCAGUUCUUGGCAGUUUUCAUAUGCAUUGAUGUUUCUGAGCACAGAUUCAGUUUUGGACCACCAUACAAGUGCUGUAAAUCACAGCCCAACUACUAUUUUUGAACCAUUCAUUCAGAAUAUAAUUAACAAAAAUACAUUUUUAUUACAGUUGUGUUUGUUUUAAUUAUUAUUAAUUUGCUUGUGCAAUAGUGCUUUGAGUACAAGGUCUUUAUUGGAAUAUUGUAGACUGGAGGUGUGAAUAAAAUAGAUUUGUUUAUUAGCAAAAUUAGAGAACUCGUAGUUGAGAUUGAAGGAGCAGGAAAACCAGGGAAAGGAAUAUGAGUGCAACACCAACACAGCCCUAAUCUUUGCUACACCUUAUUUUGCACAAUCCACAUUUGUAACGGUAUACGAGUGCACAAUUACCUGAAAUUUGUGUAAUUUAUCACAACUUUUAUACAUACAUUAUGUAAAUAUAUGUAUCUCUUUGCCUUUUGUGACCCUUUGUGAUCUGAUAUGAGCUACUUUUUUUUUUUUUUUCCUUUGGCGUUGUUUUAACUCUUCGGUUUUCCAGGUUGAGGAUUGUGAUCCUGAACUUCACUGAACAAGGAGCACAGGACCAGCAGGUUUCUAACACUUCUGCAGACUACAGUGCAGCGGCGCAUUUGAAUUAGCUUGCACUUCAUUCUCAUCGUUCUUCUGACCUGCCACAGCGUUACAUCACGUGUUGGCGAGCUUCAUUUUCUCGCCCACAAAACUACUCACAGCCCAAGAUAAACAUACUAAACGGGCGUGUAUCUGGAUGAUGAGUGUUUUACUCUGUACCCGUUGUACACACUUCACGUACCGCUGUUAUUACUUGGGAUUUUGCUUUCACCUUUGGGGUACCUGCCAUUUUCAAUAUGUUCGAUUCUAAGUUAUUUCAGGGUCAAAACUGUUUGUUAUGACAUUCAAGUCCUGUUUUCAUGAGCUGGCCAUGGUUUUGCAUGCAGGGCAAUUCUGAGGAAUCACCCAAAUAAACCGCUGUGCGUGUAAUAAACCCAAAUUAGGAUGGCA